GUCCCACACGCACUCUCUGUCAGAGCGCGGCGUUGACAACCACUGAUCAGCCCACUUUGUCGGGGUUUGUGUCUCCAUGCAAGUCUGCUGAAGAAGAAGCUCUGACUCUCACAAUUUCUUACUUGCAAAGCAAGCGUAAGCAGCCAGAUUGCAAGGUUUGCGUGGCAGCAACAUUCUCAACAAGUGAGAAAUCUCCAAGUAGUAUUUUCCUAGAAUAACCAACGUCUCACACAAUGUCUGGAGAGGACGCACCUGCCCAGCAGCAAAACGCCGUAGACCAGAAACAGGAGACCAAACCCGCAGAGGAGCCCAAAGCCGAACCACCCAAGACGGAGUCUGCGCCCGCCGGCACCGCUGAGGCAGCGGCCACCCCCGCGGCGACAACUGACAAAGCCCCCGAGGAGGAGACGUUCACCUACCGCGCCCUGGUGCUCACCGGCUACGGAGGCUAUGAUAAAGUUAAGCUGCAAGUUAAGAAAGGCAAGCCAGCGCUCAAGGCCGGCGAGGUUCUGGUUCGGGUCAAGGCUUGCGGGCUGAACUUCGCCGAUUUGAUGGCAAGACAGGGUCUGUACGACAGGCUGCCGUCGCCGCCGGUCACCCCGGGAAUGGAGUGCUCCGGGGUGGUGGAAGCUGUAGGAGAUGAAGUUACAGACAGAAAAGUGGGAGAUAAAGUGAUGGUGCUGAACCGCUACGGGCUGUGGCAGGAUGUGGCGGCAGUGCCGGCCAGCCACACCUUCCUCAUCCCAGACGGGAUGACUUUUGAAGAGGCUGCAGCCCUCCCUGUGAAUUACAUCACCGCCUACAUGAUGCUCUUCGACUUUGGCAACCUGCGACCCAACCAGAGCGUGCUCGUCCACUCCGCUGCAGGCGGAGUGGGCAUUGCAGCCACUCAGCUGUGCAAGACGGUGAAAGAUGUGACUGUGUUCGGCACUGCAUCUGCCAGCAAACACGAGACCAUCAGCUCAGGCGGCGUCACGCACCCCAUCGACUAUCGCACCAAGGACUAUGUGGAGGAGGUCCGCAAGAUCAGUCCAAAAGGUCUGGACAUCAUACUGGACCCUCUUGGAGGAUCUGACACCCAUAAGGCCUACAACCUCUUAAAGCCCAUGGGAAAACUUAUUACUUAUGGAGCGGCCAACAUGCUGGCGGGCCAGAAGAAGAACCUUCUCGCUGUGGCCAAGAACUGGUACCACCAGUUCUCCAUCCACACUCUCAGCCUGAUCCAGGGGAACAAGUCGGUGUGCGGCUUUCAUCUAGGCUACCUGGAUGGUGAAACUGAGCUCAUCACCCAAGCGAUGAACACCAUCCUAGAUCUGUACAAGCAGGGCAAAGUCAAACCCUGUAUCGACUCCACUUGGCACCUCGAACAGGUUGGGGAGGCAAUGAGAAAAAUGCAGGAGAGGAACAACAUCGGCAAAGUGAUCCUCACCACAGAGCCAAUGCCCGAGGAGGAGAAGAAGGAGGAGACCAAAAAGGAGGACAAGAAAGAGGACAAGAAGAAGGAUGACAAGAAGAAGGAGGACAAGAAGAAGGACGAUGGGAAGAAGGAGGAGAAGAAGGAGGAAAAGAAGAAGGAGGAGCCCAAGAAGGAGGAAAAGAAGGAGGAGGAGAAGAAGGAGGAAGCGAAAAAGGAGGAGAAGUGAGAGGGAGGGAUGGAGAGUCGACCUUUGUGUCCUGGGAGCUGGGGGUGUGGUGGGGGUGGUGUGUUAGCAAAGGUGGGAAGGAUUUGUUAUUGAUGUGAAAAUGGCAGCAACAUUAUGAGUCUUUCUCCUCCCCUCCAUCACCUCUGGAGUCCACUGUGAUUACUCAGGCCUGACUCCACCCACUUUUUCCCUCCGCUUUCUACAGCUAAUACAGUCCUGCAGCCACUUAUGAUGAGCUGUGGUCAUUUCCUACUUUCUUUCCUGAUCAGAUAUCGAACACUAUUGGGAGUCACAGAGAGGCGUGGAGAAUGGUGGGCUUGGUCCAGACCUGGGGUCUCCUUGACAACCGUUAAUCCCCGUUCGCACUCCGGCCUCACCCUCUACCCCCCCCCCCCCCCCCCCUCACCCCGUGCCUCUCUGCACUUCGACUCCCACUGUGCUAAAUUGUUGUGCUCUGACUUCCACCUGCCCCCCCUUACCCUUGUGAUCUGGGUCCCCACCCUCCUUUCACACAUCUCCCACAUCACCACAACCCACCGACAGGCCGGACCCAGAGACAGGCACAAAGACAGGCAGAUAACACAAAAACCACACCCACCCACACGCCGCUCUUCCCGUGUCCACUCCUUUGUUAUGUCACUAAGGAUGAGUCAGAUGCGCCUCUGAUUGGCUGAUGCACAUCUUCUCCCCAGGAGACGCCUCCAUCAUAGUUCUGAUGGUGCGUCCAUGCUCACAUCGAAUGUUAGUUAGUUCUAUACCUAAUCAGACAGACCUUCCACCCAAUCCAAGCAAAGUUGAUAUGGUGGCUGCAGCCUACACUCGCCUGAAUAGGAAUUUUAUUUCAUAAUGAGCCUUUUUGUGCUGUGUUGAAUACAGAGGCUGAACUUACUCCUCAGCUUCCUUUCCCUUAGUUACAAAAAAAUUUCUAGCUGACCAACUGUUGGCAAGAAGUGCACAGUGCCAAUUAAGAGAGAAUUUGUUUCUGUCCAAACAAGCUGCAAGUGCACACACAAACAUACAGGCUCAGAAUGUGAUGAAAGAGGCACUGUCAUUUUCAGACAGUGAAGGGCCUGAAAUGAGCAAGUUAAGAAGGUGAAUACAAGUUCUUUCUUUGCAUCAACCUCUUUUUUUUUUCUUCCUCCAAUUCUUCAUUCUCCUCGAGGCAUUCCAUGGCACUCUGCUCCUUUCACAGCGACCUCUCGCCUGUCGAUCACUCUGACCUGUGAGAGGAGAAUUCAACCCGAGCUGGUGUCCGCACUUCGCCUCACCACUCCUCUCCCUCUUUCUCUUUCUUUUUCUGUUUUCCUCUCUGCGGUCGGCAUAGCAACAGGCGUCAGGCUCAUCAGAGAUGGCACUGUGGUCUGUUCCUCCACCUCCCUCUCUGCAUCUUUCUUUUCUCCUCUCCGAACGCUGCAUUUAGUUGCUGGUGACAGUAUUUGAAUAAAAAAAAAGUAGACAAAGGGGUAUUAAAAAUGGAAUUUCUUUUCAAUUUUCACUGACAAUGUGUCCAAGUAGCAGCAUUCUGCUAUCACAGCACACCGCUCCCCCUAUUGGACAAGAUUGUGACGGAGAAUAUCAAUCAGAAACCUUAAGCCCUGUCUCUGUCUGCCCCGCUGCCCGUCUCUAAGUUCAGCCUCACAGUCAAGACUCAGAUGGUGACGAGUGAAUUUGUAUAAUUAAAUAAAAAACUAAAAUAGCAAAAGAAAAAAAAAAGAAAACAGAAAAUAAAUGGAAGCAAAAUGUUUCCUAAAAAAAAAAAAGUAAAUAAAUAAAACAGUUGAUGUGUUAGCAUGAGUGCCCCCCACCCACCCCCAUGUGCUGUGUGGUGUGCCGUUGUGUGUGAAGACGUGUGUGUCCUCAGGUUGUUUGUCAGGUUUUAAAAGCACCUACCCUGCCACACAUCCGCCCUACACUACUCUGCUACAGUCGCAUGUAGCUCCAACUUGACCCAUCUUUCUCCUCCAACCCCCCUCCCCCCAUGUCUGAUAAGAGGCUUGUGUUAUGAGGACACUUGGUAUUAGUAUUUUGCACUCUGCUGGCUGAUCUUAAUGCACUUCUAAGCAUGGCGGUCGCACUCCAGUCCCAUCACGGCUUUGAUUUCCUUCCAAGUUUGCGGCCUGUUUCCCAUCAUCCACUCCCAGCGUAUCUGCUGGAGCCGCACAGGUGGCACACUGUGGUGUAACGGACGGCCCCUUAGUCGGUCCCCGAUCAGAUCAGGCCAAGCUCUCCUGUGUGGCAGCGAAAAUCAAAGUGUCCAUCCAUCCCUGACUGAAGGAGGUAAAAUGUGGAGCUGGGGUCUGGAGUGCAGCCACCAUGCUGGUGUGGGGAGUGAUUGUGUCCUGUCAGCCUCUGGUUAGUGUUCUGUUCUAAUCUGCUGGGCUCCCUUUGUGAACCUGUGGACGGUGCUUCUCUUCAGAGUGCCAUGUGAGAAUCAAAUGCUUCAGUAAAAGAAGAAAAAAAAAAGAAAAAAUGUUUUACUUACUAUGUUAUUCAUGAUUUACCUUUUAUAUUUUUGUUUGUUUUGUUAUCCAAGGGUUUAAAGUUCAAAGCUCAUACAGUGCUCUUUAUGUGGGGACCUGCCAACCUGCACUCCUUUUAAAUGUGAUGAAGUUUUUUCUGUUGGUCUAAACCAUGUGUGCCAAACUGUAUGUAUAUUCUUCUGUCAAUGCUUUGAAUAUUAACAGUGCAUAAAAAGAUAUAAAGAAAAUUCCGAUUUUUGGAUGCGUUUCCAUCGACCUUGAAGAGGAAAGAAAAAUGCAAAUUGUAGGUGUACAAGUUUUGUAUUCCAAAUGCUCAUGGGUGCUGACAGUGUUUUCCUGCAGUUUAUAAAAGGUGUGUUUUUUGA